AUUACAUCAAACAAUGAAGCCGACCGAAUGUUUAUAUGAUUUGAACCAUUAUCAGUUCAUGUGUUAAGUAGUAGAUACAGAACAUGAAUGAACUAAUUAAAAGUACCAUAAUGACGAACGUCGAAUAGAGAAUUUCGCAUUCUGCAUCAUUUUUUCAUCUACCGCGUUAGUGUACGUUUUAUUUUUAUUGUACGUAAAUAAAUGAGUAGGUAGUGAAAUAAUGAAAAUGAAGACGUGUUUGUUUUUCGUCGUUUUAAUUGUGUGUUCGAAAUAUGGACACUCCAAAAACUUAGACAAAACUGGAUCCACUUCAUCGACAAAAAAUGCGUCUACUCCUAUCAGCAGUUCACCUAAACCUAGUCAAAAACCCUCUCCUACUAUCAACACCACACCAACUCAGACCACAACUUCGGCAUCGAUUCCAGAUGAAGUUCCAGCUCUGCAAAGUUCCGAAUUCAAAGAUUUUUCAAUCACACCCGAUAUAAUCGUCAAAACUCCGAAUAUAAAUUCUUCGUUCGUUGAUUUACUCAGCGAGCAGAUUCAAACAGUUUUGAAACAUUUCCAAGAUCCGGACCCGAUUGGAAUUCCCGGAAGUGAUAUUUUACCAGACCCUAUGGCUGCUGAUAAUGUAUCUGCUUCGAUGGUCGUAGCUACUGGGUUUUUCUACAAUAUUACCGUCGGUGGUUUGAAUAAGUUUUCCAUCAAUGUUGUCGAUACUUAUUUAGAUAAAAUGGAAGUUUUCGUUAUUUUAAAACUGAAAACAGUCAUCGCUUUGGGAAAUUACACGAUGAGUAGUUUGUUGGUGGAUAACGCUGGUCCAUUUAAUAUUACUUUCACUAACGUCACAGCUGCUGGUACUGUUAAUUUGGCGUCAGAUGCGGAAGGAAAAUUGUACGGUAAUAAAUCCUCCAUCGAUAUUGCCUACGAGGACAUUGAAGUCGAGCUAACAAACGUUGCCUCUCUAGUAAAACCAUUCCUCAACACCGGAGGUUCUCGAGUAUUCGACGCUGAAAAACCACUAAUCUUGGAAAACGUCAACAAACGACUGAUCGCCGAAAUUAACCGAAGACUAGAAUUCUUCCCUAAAAUUCCACCUCUCACAAAACUCUCACCAGUCGACUUGGCUAUCUUGGAAGCUCGCCGAUUUGUACGAGACCGAUACGAACCUUUCACCAUUGAUAAAAUAUUCGACUUCGAUAACUCUUUCCUCAACGUCCACGUUGGUCCAAUCAGUAUAAGUGGCUUAUCGAGAUUCGCUCGAGUUGGCAACAUCACCUUAGCAAUGGUCAAUCAAACAGUAGACUUGAGAAUUAGACUAAUAACGCAGAAACUGACGGGCACUUGCAAAUGGUAUUACGAUAUUGGAAAGGUAGGAGUUACCAGAGAUGGCCAGUCUAAUUUUUCCGUCGACCAUUUGCAAUUCGAGGCCAGAGUUUUCCAACCAGUUGAUUCGAGAAAGUCGCCUACUCUAGAAGAAUUGGAAAUUGAAACCGGUCCAGUAUCAGUGAAAAUGGAUGGGCAAGGAAGUUUCGAUUAUUUGGUUGAAAUUGUGUCGAAAGUGUUGCCGAAAAUGAUCAGGCAUCUGAUAAUCGAUUUUUUGGAAGAGACUGUUAAAGAGAAAAUACAAACCGAUGUGUUGGAUAAAAUCAACGUGCAGCAAGUAUACGAGCAGAAUUUAUCUGAGAUUAAGAAAUAUAUAUCGAAUAAAAUUUAAUUCGAUAAUUUGACAGGUUGACCUAAAAGUAUGUGAAUUGAGUUUUUUUUUUCAAUUUUAUUUAUUACAAUUUUAAAAUUCUUUUUACUCGCAAUAUAAAUGUUUUGAUGUUUGUUUAAUUUCAA